AUGGUCUCGUCAUCGAAUAAAUCCCGUGCACCACCGGCAGGGAAAACAAUUCGUCUUCAACUUGAUCCAUUACGUUUACAUGAACCGGCGCGUAAGAAAUUAUCAACCAUUGAAACUCAACGUAUCAUGGUCGUCUUUGAUGAUCUUGUACAAAAAAUGGAAUUAAUUGAAAUUUUACCAGUUAUUGUUUCACAUGCAGAUUUAUUUAAAUCAACUAUUGAUACAGAAACAAUGAAUGAAAUAAAUCGCCAUGAACAAUUGAAACAUGCCUUAGAAACAAAUACACCACUUCAAUCUGUUACAAAUAUUAUCGAAAAAUUACCACAAUUUGAAAAUUAUACACGAUGUUUUGAUAAAGCAUUAUCACGUAAUGUAAAUGAACAAAUUGCUUAUCAUUAUUAUAUUCAACAAUCUAUUCGUAAUAUACUUCGUCGACUUGUUCAUCAACAAAAUCAUUUUGAUAAUAUUAAACGUAUAUUACAAAGUAAAAAAUUAUUACCACCACAAAAACAUGUCAUAAAAUUAUUAAAAAUGUUAAGAGAUUCAGCAAUGGAAAGAUUUUUAACAACACCACUUGAAGAACGUGAAAAAGAUGAUCAAAUAAAAAGUUUAAAUACACGUUUAUCAUCAAAUGAAACUAUUAUUGCUAAACUUGAAAAAGAACUUAAUGAUGCUAUUGCUGAUCGUGAUGCCGAGGUAUGUUUAGAAGAUUUUUUUCGUUAUUUUAUUGUUUGUCAUUGA